GAAACUCAGCCUAUAAAACUGCUGCUCCCAGCACAGAGAAUCAAGUCAGUCAAGGAGGAAGCAUGAAGUCCUUGAAUCUGAGCCUUCUACUGAGCCUGGCAGUCACAGUUUACUGUUUGCCAAUGGCAAAGGUGACCGUGAAAGAUGAAAAGUUUGCAGAGAGCUACCUGAAGAAGUUCUUCAACCUGACAGAGGAAAGUGAGACGGGGACUGUUAGACGGGGACUCAACCCUGUUACCAUCAAGCUCACCGAGAUGCAGAAAUUCUUUGGUCUCAAAAUCACAGGGACGCUCGACUCAGACACUUUGGCCAUGAUGAAGAAGCCUCGCUGUGGCGUUCCUGAUGGAGCUGUCGCUCGUUUCUCCACCUUUGGAAACAACCUGAAGUGGGAGAAAAACAGCCUCACCUACAGGAUUGUGAACUACACUCCUGACAUGUCCAACGCAGAGGUAGAUGACUCCAUUGACAAAGCUCUGCAGGUCUGGUCCAGAGUGACUCCACUGAGGUUCACAAAAAUUAGAAGUGGCACUGCUGACAUUAUGAUCUCCUUUGGCCGCCAAAAUCAUGGUGAUUUCUACCCGUUUGAUGGCCCUGAUGGAACUCUUGCCCACGCCUUCGCUCCAGGUCCUGACAUUGGAGGAGACGCUCAUUUUGACGAAGAUGAGACUUUCACUUAUCGUUCAACUGCAGGCUAUGUUCUCUUCAUGGUAGCUGCCCAUGAGUUUGGUCACUCCCUGGGUCUGUCUCACUCUGAUGAUCCUGGUGCUCUCAUGUAUCCUGUGUAUUCAUACAGCAAUCCAGAUACUUUUGUUUUGCCCCGUGAUGAUGUCAACGGCAUCCAGUCUCUCUAUGGUCCAAACCCUGACAAGGUGCCUGGGCCCACACCCCCCACCACCCCUGAUUCCUGUGAUUCAACCUUGGUCUUGGAUGCCGUGGCCACUCUGAGAGGAGAGACGCUCUUUUUCAAGAACAGCUUCUUCUGGCGCAGUUACUCCCAGAGAAAUACACCUGAGCAAACUCUUAUCACAAACUUCUGGCCUGACGCCCCCAUCAACAUUGACGCUGCUUAUGAGAGUUAUGAGUUAGACAGUGUGUUACUCUUUAAAGAUCAGAAGGUAUGGGCUUUCAGCGGCUAUGACCUUCUACGUGGUUAUCCUAAACCAAUCUCCAGCUUUGGUCUGCCCAGCUCAGUGAAGAAAAUUGAUGCAGCCCUUUAUAACUCAGACACUGGAAAGACUCUCUUCUUUGUUGGCACCAGCUACUACAGUUACGAUGAGGCCAAGAAGAAGAUGGACCCAGGAUUCCCCAAACAAGUGCAUGCAACCUUCUCUGGAUUGACCACUAAGGUGACGGCAGCUUUGCACUUCAAAGGUUUCACUUAUCUCUACACUGGAUCUUACUUGAACGAGUACAGUGGUGGGAGGUUGAUGCGUGUUCUGAGGAACAACUACUUCUUGCCCUGCACUAAACCCUAGAACACUUUACUACUUAAUGACAGGGAAGCUGCUUACAAUAAAAGUAUCCAUAAUAUGCAAUGAUUCAGUAUUUUGAUCAUAUAAAAAUAUUUUUUUGCACACUUGUACCGUAUACAGUAUCAAUUCUCAGGACAAAGAAAGUCAUUUUACUUUAAAAAAGUUUUUUUUUAAUUAGCAUUUUGUCAUUUUAGCCAGUAUUCUACAUAUCUGUAGUGUGUUUUAUUUAUACAAUUCACAAAACAAUGUUAUUAUACUAAUUUGUAAUUGUUUGUUGCUUAAAUUUACUGUGAAUUGAUCAAAAUUAUAAUUAUUUCCAUUGCACAUUGUUGUAAAUGCAUGUUCACAUAAGUAUGUUCUUAAUUGUGACUGAACAUAUUAAAGUAUGUGUUAAAGUUGGAA